CUCAGCCAUCUCCUCCAGGCCUUCUCACUGAUCCCCAGAAGCUCCUCCCCCUCCAGGCUCCGCCUCAAACCCCGCCCCAAGUUCUUCUCCCCAGCUCCUAGGCUCCUACGCUGGCCCACCUAACCACCCACUCCGCAUCCUGACUAGUCUGUGUCUCCCCUAGGCUCCUUUUCUCUUUUGGCUUCUCCUUUUGUCUAUCACCGGCUCCAUCAACUCCCGCAACGCCCCUUCCUCCUCGUCUCAGUCCUCGUCCUCUCCUCGCCAGUCUUCCUUCCUCCGGCUCCUUCCCUGCUCCUCCUUUCUAUCAUCCUGCCCCCUCCAGCUUCUCCGCAUCUCCUAGUCUCCCCAACGCCCUUUUCUCAGGAUCCUCCUCUCUCUCCACAACUCUUAUUCUGGAUUUUGUUCUCCUUGACAUCUGCCACUUUCUCCAGCUCCUCCUCUUUCCCAGCUCCUCCUCUCUCCCCUCCCUCUAGAUCCCUUUCUCAACCUCUUCUCUCCGCACAACCACCCACCUCUUCCGUUCCCUCUUCCAGCCCCUCCUCCCGCUCCAACCCUUCCCCUUCCCUUCCCCACUCCACUCGGCCGCUCCGCCUCUCUCUCUGUCUCAGGGUGGUCGGCCCGCCCCGCGGAGUGAUCGAUGGGUCCUCGGCGCUCGGCUCGCCACGUCUGCGACGCUGCCAUGGAGACGUAGCCGCGGCCCCCUGGCCCCGCCCGGAACCUGGAGCACCUGCGUCACCCGGCCCACGCGUGUCCGCGAGCGCCGGCCACGGAGGAGGCUGCUCCGCUGGAGCGUCUGGACAGGGCCGGGCAAGCGAUAGUUUUGCCAGAAGCAGGGGCGUGGGACUUGCAUCCUUCCCUCCUCCCAGAUACUCUGCUCCGUAGUUGAGGGACGCUUCUCUCACCAGCGGAGACCCGGGUACCACUUAACCAUCCGUACGUUAUGAAGGGACCUGCGAUUGCCCACACACCUCACCCUUCCACCCAGCUCAGCUGGCCGCAUCCUGUCACCCUCGAUAAGAGCGGAAGACCGACUAGGACCUGAACCAGAUCCCAGCUGCGUUUUGAGUGGUGUGGACAAGUCAGCCCCUGCUGCAAACUGUGUACAAUGCCCGUUCUCUUGGGACCCUGGAUACAUCUCUGAGCUCAGAAGUGUCGCAGAGGCAGUGAACACCUAACAGACCGCCCAGAGUGGUGUGGAGUCUCUAUCAACACCGUUUGGACCACGGCGCCAAUCUGACCCACUUUCUGUGUGGAAUGGCUCUCACAUGGCUCCUGAACCGGGCCAAGGGUGUCUCGGCUUCCCUUGCCCUCCUGAGAUCUUGCCCAUGAAAAGAUCCGAGUUGUCCAAGGGCUCGUUAACCCAACAGUCAUCGAAGCUCUUGGCCCACUAGUUAACAGAGCAAAGCAGCCAGCUCUUCCUGAAAGCCAAGUGUGCAGGAGCCUGGGGCCAGGGGAUGAGCGGUCGGGUCCCACUGGCAGAGAAGGCCCUGUCGGAAAGCUAUGCCCGCCUUCGGUACAGGGACACUUCCUUACUCAUUUGGCAACAGCAGCAGCAGAAGCUGGAGUCUGUACCACCCAAUACAUACCUGAGCAGGAGCCGCAGCAUGUGGUACUCCCAGUAUGGAAAUGAGGCCAUCUUAGUCCGAGACAAAAACCAGCUUGGGGUCUCUAGGGACACCGGCCAGUCUAAGUUUUGCUCAAUUAUGUAAUUCCAGGGAGGAAAUCCUUGAUGGCUGCAAAGAUCGAGCUUUGGUAUAAAAACUCAGCACCCAAGAAUAUCACCCAGCCCUUUAUCAGUGGCACAGCUGGCACCCAGAUGCUUCCAAAUGAAAGGGAAGCUGGUGAGAUGUCCCCAGCUCCUAUGAGCUGCUUGUCCAGGGUAAAGAGGGGACUCUUCCUGGAGCGUCCCGUAUCUCUCAGUUCACUGCAUUGACAAGUGAAAAGGGGACAGAGCUGUAGUGGCCAACUGACCCAUACAUUAUUACUACAUUGCAGUAGCAUCCACACUGGUCUUGUAUAUAGGUGUGGUGUGUCUUAAAUGCUUACAGCAGAACCCUCCAAUUUAAAGCCCCAUCUAAGUUGCCUGAAUUGAUUCCAAGCCUAAUCAUGUGUGGGAAGGAGCAUUCGCCCGACAGUGGUGCAAUGGAACCUCCUUUCUAUCAGACUGCAGCGGUAUUCAUUUAAGGUCUAUCACAUAUUCUGCUUCAGUACACAUGGUGUGGACAGCUGCAACGUACUUGCUCUGUGCAGUUAAGGUCUGUGUAGCUAGAGAGAUUCCAGGAUGUUUUGUUAAAGCUGAGCCUUCUAAAUAAACGUCUUAAGACUC